AUGAUGGUGAUCAGAACUCAUUUCCAAGCCACCGUUAUCAGAUCAUCACCUAUUCAAGAAAGAGAAAACACUCUCAAUCUCAGUGCCCAUGCACUUCCACCUUCAUAUCGGUCACUCAUGACAACUGAUGAUUCAAGGAUUCUUGAUUUCUAUGUUGAUGAUUUUGAUGUCGACACAGAUGGAAAAAGAUUUAUUUGGCAGGGUAUCUGCAAGUUUCCUUUUAUUAAUGAAGAGUGCCUUCUUGAUUCAACAAAAAUGAUUAAGAAGGAACUGACUGAAAGAUCCCAUCUCUCCAACGGAUCAAUGGAUGACCACAAUCGUGGUUCGGGGCAGAUGAUGGAUGGAACCCAGAUCAAUAUAGAUGUAACUGCAGUUGGGGCUAUAAUUGCUUUGGGUCUAAUGUACUUAAAGGCUUCAUCCAUCAGAAGAUUGGAUUCAGGGUUAGAUACCCAAAGUAGUCUUGAAUGGCAUCAAAGGAUUCAUCCAUCAGAAGAUUACUUUGAAAAGCUGACUGGUGGCCACAUGGAAGUUGAAAAGCUGACUGUGGCAACUACUGCUGCUGCUGGACACCUGGAAGUUGAGAAGCUGAUUGUGGCAUAG